AUUUUCCUAUAAAAAAUCUAGUUAAAGGGCGUGGUCAGCUUCUUAAUUGGCUAAUGGACGCGUCUGCGCUAAAACGCCAUUGACAUUAUUGACAAUCCGGCAUCGUUUUCCUUUUGACAGUUCUUUUUCGUCUCCGUUAAGCAUUCGUCAACAUGGGUAAGCCCCGUGGGUUAAGGACCGCUAGGAAACACGUUAACCACAGAAGGGACCAGCGAUGGGCCGACAAAGAUUACAAAAAGGCUCAUUUGGGUACCAGAUGGAAGGCCAAUCCUUUCGGAGGCGCCUCUCACGCCAAGGGAAUUGUACUUGAAAAAGUAGGUGUAGAAGCCAAACAGCCCAACUCUGCCAUCCGUAAGUGCGUCAGGGUGCAACUGAUCAAAAACGGCAAGAAAAUCACGGCUUUCGUACCCCGUGACGGUUGUCUCAACCACAUUGAAGAAAACGAUGAGGUCCUAGUUGCAGGUUUCGGUAGGAAAGGUCAUGCCGUAGGAGACAUUCCCGGAGUUAGAUUUAAGGUCGUGAAGGUGGCCAAUGUGUCGCUCUUGGCCUUGUAUAAAGAAAAGAAAGAGAGGCCCAGAUCUUAGGUUUUAAGUUUUUUAAAUAUGAAGUGGACGUUAAUAAAAAAAAUAUAAAACUCC